AUGCUGGAAAGCCAGGCAAUCAUCGGAGAGACCGAUAUGCUGCAAACCAUGCAGCAGGAUGCUCUCCGUUUGGCUGGGAAGGCACUGGAUGAAUUUGAUGUCACAGAUUCCACUGAGAUAGCCUGUUUCAUCAAGAAGGAGUUUGACAGGUCAUAUGGUCCAGGGUGGCAAUGCAUUGUGGGAACAGAUUUUGGUUCCUUUGUCACCCACCAUUGUGGUUGUUUCAUCUACUUCAACAUAGGAAGCCUAGCAAUCUUGCUCUUCAGGGGUGCAGCGGCUUCUGAGGCUGACACAGGCCUUUUGGUAGCUACGGAGGCAGUGAAGGCAUGAGCUCUUCCCUUUUAUCUUCUGAGCUCAUAGUAAUUUGGCAAUUGAUGAAUGAGAGAGAAAUUGUAGUGAAAAUUACAUUUUGUCUCAGUCCCUCAUGUUCUACUUGCACAA